UUGAAUAUCCGCACCAGACUGUGUUGUAAGUAAAAGGGGAAGUGGAGUAUCGACAUAAAAGGCAAAGAAUCGGAAAAAGCGCAGUAAUUGUUAAAUUUCAUGAUUUUACAACUGAUCUCAAUAGCAUGACGGAUCAUCAGUCAAGCUUCUCUUCACAAAUUGUUGAAGAGGAAGAAGAUAUUUUUUAUGACGAUGAUAUAGAAGAACUAGAACUUGUUCGAUCUUUUAGUGAACCAACAGCAGCAACAUCCGAGAUCACGGAAAUUGACAAGAUCGAUCAAGGCUCGAAGAACAGAAAUAGCAACAACGACGAUCAGUCAUUCAAAAAUCUACUUGCUGGUCCCUCCACAAAUAAGGUUGUUGUCUUGAUUUUAGGUUUGAAUAAAGUUGACAAAGCAAAAGUGAAUGAAAUUAUCUAUGAAGCUUCGAAAGGCUCUGCUUUUUUUGAACGUGAACGAAAGCGUGAUGAGGCUGUUACCCAACGUAUAAAUGCUAUUCUUGCUAAAUACGAGUACAUUAAAUCUCAGGAUCUCUCUUUCGAGAAACGCAUCAUCGACAACAUGAUAGAGGAUCUUGAACAAACGCGCGAUCUUUCACAGUGUAUCUGUCACAUUGAUAUGGAUGCCUUUUAUGCCGCGGUGGAAGAAUUGGAAGAUCCUGAGUUGAAGAAGGUGCCUAUGGCCGUAGGAGGAAUGUCUAUGCUAUGUACGAGUAAUUACUUGGCUCGGCAAUAUGGUGUCCGUAGUGCUAUGCCGGGUUUUAUUGCCCUCAAACUAUGCCCUGAUUUGAAGAUUAUACCCUUACAUUUUCCGAAAUAUCGAGCCGCUUCUGAAAAAGUAAGGGAUGUAUUUAGACGAUACGAUCCCAAUUUUGUGCCGAUGAGUUUGGAUGAAGCUUAUCUUAAUUUGACAGAGUAUUUGGCAACGUCGGAUAUGACACCGAACCAACUUGUUGAACAAAUUCGUAAUGAAAUAUUUGAGACGACAAAACUAACAGCCAGUGCAGGUAUUGCUUGUAACAAAACACUUGCUAAAGUGUGCAGUGAUAUCAAUAAACCGAACGGACAAUACUAUUUACCAAUCGACCGUGCGUCCGUUGUCGAGUUUGUAAAAACACUGCGGGUCCGUCAAAUUCCUGGUGUAGGCCGAGUCACUGAACGUGUUUUAGAUGCCCUGGGUGUAACUGAAAUAGCUGAUAUUUAUACCCACCGAGCUAUUUUAUACAAGCUCCUCAGUCCCACCACAUUCCAAUUCUUGUUGCGAAAUUAUUUGGGUAUCGGCAGCACAACUUUUAAUGCAGAUGCUGAGCGAAAGAGUAUGAGUGUCGAAAGAACGUUCUCUGCAAUAUCUGAACCUAAUGACCUGUUUGAAAAGGUGAAAGAGCUCUCGCUGAUGCUAGAAAGAGAUUUAGAAAAGGAAGGUUAUAUGGGUCGGAACGUAGGCAUCAAGUUAAAAUCGGUGACGUAUGAAGUGAAGAUUCGAUCCAAAACGUUUCCAUCGUAUAUUUGGCAGGCUAAAGAUAUUGAACGUAUAGCCAAGGCAUUGUUGAUAAAAGAACUGCCAGUGAAUAUUCGAUUGAUGGGGAUAAGAAUCUCGGCAAUGAAACACAGAGGUUGUGAAGACAAGACAUUGACCAAGUAUUUUAUCAAAGGAAACUCCGCACUUUCGAAUGCUGCAGCUAAACACAACAGUGUCUCCUCUACAACCUCUAUAAUAUCCCCUACUCGAAUAGUGGACGAGUCUGUGUCCAAAUACAUUGGAGAGAAAGAGUCAAGGCGAAAAGUUAAUACUGUCUUAAGUACAAAUUAUACCUCUGAAAUUCCUACUACUGUGUCGCCCAAGGAUGUAAUGGAAAAUGCAAAGAAAAUAGCUAGUGUAGUAAAAGAGAAAGAAGAAGAAGAAGAAGAAGAAGAACCUUUAUUAUUGCCGCCUCCAGUUACAUGUCCCAUUUGUAAUCGUCUUCUUACUCUCGACAACACACAGUUCAACAAUCAUGUGGAUGAAUGCUUAAAUAAAGUAGAAGUGAAAGCCAUAUUGAGGAAUGAAAAUGAAAAAGAAAGGAAGACAGCAGCUGUAGGUCGUCUCGAUACCCCGUCAGCGAAAAGAAUAAAAAGAUCGCAUAUACCCAGGAAAAAACGCAGUGGCAGCAGUAGCGGGAAAUCCCUAUUAGACUAUUAUUUAAAGCCUUAGAAAUCAAAAAUAUACUAUUUAUUUAACUAUCCAAUGCUCAGUAAAUUACGGCUAAUAUUUCAAAUCUUUUACUUUGGGUGAACGCUUCGUACUUCCUUUCCAGAUUGAUUGCUUUCAUACUAUUACCCUGCUUCUGCACUUAACGUUCUUUCUUUUAACUGAUACAAUUUUUUCUCGAUCAUGCUGUCUGCAUUUUGUACUUCACGGAUAAUUUUUUAAGGUUGGAAGGUUUCAAAUAGGAUGCUCUUAUGAAUCUGUUUGCUUAAUGGCUGCUGUACUGGAUAUUUGUUCGUCUUGUCUUAAGUAGCUUACCUAAGGAAGCGUUGGUCCUUUUGAACCUCUUGUAGGCAGCUGGAAGCUAGCACCAUCAUAAUAAGAAGACUACAAUGAGGGCAUGCUUGUU